CAAACAAAUACAAUCUCCACCCUGCACACCAACAGCCUCUGUUAUCGCUCACUGGCUCUUCGGCAACUUAUCGGUUCAGUCGCUUGAGACGGCAACAGGCCAACGCGUCAAACAUGUUCCGCGUUGGCAACCCCUGGGGCUUUGGCGGCCCUGCUGCCUUUGGCGCAAGCCCCGCUGUUGAUGAUGAUAGGCUCUAUUCCAGCAUGUUUGGACGGCCAACCCAGCCUCGCGGAGGCUACCCGGAGGAGCUACUUUACUCUGGAUAUUACAAUCCAGCAUACGGGAGGGCUGCCUACCCUGCAGGCUACCGCCGUGGUGUGCCCAUGCCACCUCAUCCAAUGGACCUGCAUGAAGACCCCUACGCCGCCGCAGCCGCCGCAGCUCAGGCUGCUCGCAAGGCCCCGGCCAGCAGCGCACCCCCGGCCAGCGCACCCGGCCGCCCGGUAUACCAUGAGGCGUCCGGCUACGUCCUCGUGCCCGACGGCAUGGGCGGCUACUGCCUGGCUCGUCCCACCGGCCUCCGCACCCCUGCCUCCGCCAUGCCCGUCGCAUCGUCCGCUGCGCGCCUGCCGGUUCGUAGGCCAGUGGCCGCGUCUGAGGAGGACGAUGACGAGGCGGAGGAGGAUGCGGACGUGAUGGACGCCGUCGCUGCCGCCCGCGCCCGUCGCCUGCAGAAGGAGCAGGCGGCAGCAGCGGCGCUGGCGGCGCAGCUUCAGCGACGCCGUGCACCGGCCGCAGCAGCGCCGGCGCCCCGGGCGGCAUCGCCGCUCAUCAUUGCCUCGGACCCCGAGGACCAGGACGGCGAGGUGGACUCGGAUAGCGACACGCACGACCUCGCCUCCGUCCGGUCCCAGCAGCGGCAACAGCAACAGCAACAGCAGUCGCAGCAGCCCACGCGACGGAUGGCCCUCUACUAUGACCCCUUCACAGGCGGCUACUACCGCGCACCCUUGCAGUCGGAGCCGGCCGCGCCGGUUGCGCCCAAGCCGGCCGCCAAGCCGGCCGCCGCCGCCGCCAUCUCCGGCUCCCGCACGGCAACGGCGCAGGAGCCCUCCGCGGCUUCGCAGCCGCGCAGCAUCCACGUCAACCAGCAGGCGCAGCAAAGCGAGCGCGUGCCAGUGACCAUGAUACCCGCGACCUCCAGGCCCACCACCACCAGCACCACCACCACAGCGACCACGGGCGCUGUCUCCAGCGGCGCCUCACUUCAGCGGCAGCACAGCAACGCGCUCGUGCCUCGGCCGCCCAUGGAGGUCUCCCUAUCACGCGGCCCCAGCUCCAACCUGCUUCCUGCCGUGUCUGACCUCAAUCUCAGCUACGGCGCCUGCGGCGCAACAGCACGCAGCGCCGCACCCGCGCCCACCGCCACCGCCGCUGCCGUCACCGCGCCCGCAGGCCGCGCCUCCUCUCGACCUGCCAGCGCCGCGCCCAUGCUCAAGUCGCAGGCAGCGCGCACCAUCCAGCGUUGGUUUCGCGGCUGGCGGCUUUGGCGGCACCUAGCCUCGCUGCAGGGCCUGGUGAGGGCGGCGGCGGAGCUGCGCGAGGCGGCGGCCAAGUUCUACGGCUUCAUGGCCGCCACGGAGACGAACAUCACGUGCCGGCAGGCGGCGGAGGUGAACGAGCUGGCCAUGCGCCUGAUCUUCAAGCUGGACAGCAUGGAGGGCAUGCCCGCCGAGUUCCGCGCCCUGCGCAAACACCUGGUAGGCCGCGCCAUGCGGCUGCAGGACGAGGGGCAGGCCGCCUACGCCAAGUCCGCCGCCCGCCCCGGCAACGGCUCAGCUGUUGUCGCAGACGCCGACACCGUGCGCGGCCCUGCAGCAGCGGCGCCUGCGGCGCCGGCCUCUGCCGUGGCGGCCUCUGCCGCGGCGGCCCCUGCCGCUGCAAGCCAGCAGGAGGCUGCGGCGCCCAGCCGUGCCAGCACCGCCGGGCAGUUCACGCCGCCGCCGUCACCACGUCAUCACGCGCACGCCGAUCGGAAGCAACCGGCCAACAGCGACACUGAUCUGAGUGACGUGCACGGGGCCGCGGCGCCAGCAGCAGCAGCGGCAGCAGCAGCACCAGCAGCACCAGAAGCUGCUGCUUCUAAGGCCGUGCCGGCGGACGCAAGCAUAGGCGAUGCCGAGGCGGAGGGAAACUGUGCCACCGCAAACGACGCCAAUGCAUCCGAGGCGUCGGCGGACGGUGUGGCUGCGACUACGGUCGAGCCAGCAGGUCAGGCCGGGAGGGAAGGGGGCCGGGUUGAAACCGGCGCCUCUUCGUCCGCUCCUGGCGAUGGCAAGAGCGCGGUGAAGCUUCCGUCCUUGACGGCGGCUGCAUCGGCGUCGGCGGAACCGGCAGCGGCGGGCGCGGCGGCGUCUACGGCGGCGGCGGCAGCAGCUAAGGGGUGCAAGUCUGGUCCCGUGGCUCUGACCUCCUCCACCCCCUCCUCCGCACAGUGCAACGCUCCCCGCUCUGCUUCAGCGCACCCGGGGCCAAGCAGCAGCGGCGCAACCGCCGCCGCAGCGGUUAGCACCGAAAACAACGGCAACAGCAACAGCAGCAGGCCCAGCCCGACGGCGCCCAGGUCAAGGGAGACAAAGCUACAGGGCCUUCGCGUAGGUCGCGUCGGCAGUGAUGUCAGCCUGCGCCGGCAGAGCAGCCGCGAGCAGCUGAAGCAACAGAAACUGGUGGCAACUGCGGCUGCUGCUGCUGCGGCGGCGGCGGAAGCAGCCAAGUCCUUAGGGCCGGUUUCGGGCGAAGGCGUGGCACCCGCUGGGUCCAGCCCUGUUGGCGGCGGUGGUGCUGUAAGCCUGUCAGGACACCUGCAGCGCCUGCAGAAAGCGCUGGGGGCACUGCAACUACUCAGCAAGAAGAAGAAGAAGUGGACGGCGGGCGCUGGCCGCGCGGGCAGCUCACGCGACCGCAAGCGCCAGUGCGCGUGAGCACUGCAUGAAUGGACGUGAUAGGGUGUGUAGGGGCGGCGCAAAGUCAGGGUCAGAGUCAGAGUCAGAGUUAGGGUCAGGGUCAGGGUAGGGGCGCGCUAUCACGCUAUGAGCAGUAUGCAUGAUGCUGAGUACACGUGAGUUUGUUACUGGGUGCAGCGGUUCGGAAGGUUGUGUGAAUGUGUUAGGGCGAGCGCCACGCAGCUGGGUUUUUGGCGAGUUUAGUAAGCUUAAGUUUCGCAUGGGUCGUCAGGCAAUCUUUACACGCUCCGGAUUUGUGGCAUCGCGCCAUGACCGCUAUCACAACGAAUGACAACGGCUGAGUACUGCAAACUGUCAAGUCAGUAAGGCAUGUAUGGUUGGCACGGCGUGUAUGCGAUUUAAGUUGUGGCCUGCUGGUCUGGAGUUUACUGGCGUAGGAUACUACGAUAAUACUGGACUGCGCGUGCGGAUCAGUGACCAGUGGUGUACAUGCCUGGCCAUGACGCCAUGUUAGAUUACAGGGGAACUCCCAGGGCUGCCUGCCAAUUGCAGGAGUUACAGUGGGCAUGUAACAUGAUACGAAU